AGAACCUAAACCUCUCCUUCACCCUUUGCUUUUUCCCGUAUUCCACCCCUCUUCCAUCUCUCGUCUUCCAUCUUCCAUCUUCCUCAUUCAUUCCUCUCCCAAUCGCCCUCUGCGGCUCUUCUUCUCUGCUUUGCAUUGUCUUCUGGCCAGCUCUGUUUUAAUUUUCUUUUCCUCUACAACCUCCAAACUACGAAGCUCUCAAAACCAUCCUCUUCCCUACUCUCCCUACCAGAGCCGCCUUUUUUCUUGUCCCUUCAUUGGCUGAGGUACACCUCCUGAAGCCAAGAAGCAGAAAAAAAUAUUACACAGCUGCGGAAGCAAUCCUUUUUUCCCGCUAGCAUCAUCAAUCAGUGCCUUUUACAAUGGCUUCAGCAACCAAGUUCCUGCGAGAGUAUAAGCUCGUAGUUGUCGGCGGUGGUGGUGUCGGUAAAUCUUGCUUGACCAUCCAAUUGAUCCAGAGCCACUUCGUCGACGAAUAUGAUCCCACAAUUGAAGACUCAUACCGAAAGCAAUGCGUCAUUGAUGACGAGGUCGCCCUGCUCGAUGUUCUGGACACUGCCGGCCAGGAGGAGUACAGUGCCAUGCGAGAGCAGUACAUGCGCACAGGAGAGGGUUUCUUGCUGGUUUACUCAAUCACAUCACGACAGAGCUUCGAGGAAAUCACAACUUUCCAGCAGCAGAUCCUGAGAGUCAAGGACAAGGACUACUUCCCCAUGGUGGUUGUCGGCAACAAGUGUGAUUUGGAGGGCGAGCGAGAGGUCACCAGGCAAGAGGGUGAAGCGUUGGCGCGAUCAUUCAACUGCAAAUUCAUCGAGACGUCGGCCAAGUCCCGAAUCAAUGUUGACAAGGCCUUCUACGACAUUGUCCGCGAGAUCCGAAGAUACAACCGUGAGAUGCAGGGUUACUCAACCGGCAGCGGCACCAACUCUGGCGCAAACCCUCCCAAGCCCAUGGAUAUUGAGGGCGAGGAGCAGGAGGGCGGCUGCUGCAAGUGCGUCAUCAUGUGAGCGCCACAAACCAUAAUAGGGAGGCUGCAUUGUCUUGUUGUUCAUGAUGAUAGAGGCGACAUUCAUGGUGGAAACGGGAGGCUUUUGGACGCUCAAUGGCAUGGCAUGGAGUGUGCAUGCAACACCA